UCCGAGUCACACCGGAAGUUCCGUGUGUGGCGGAGGGAAAAAAAAUGAAGGCUGGCUGACAGAGGGAGUUUGCUUGUAAACCGCAAGCAAAACAAACGACGGUGCGUGACCAACUCCUCCACAUCUAACAGGGCAUUGAACGACUGAUCUGUUCGGGACGACAUAUCCGGUGGGAUUUAUACAUAUUUAUAAAUCAAACCCGAGCAGCAGAAGCAACGAACAAGCCCCAUCCAGAACAAUGUCUGGCGUUGUGCGAGGCCCGGCGGGGAACAACGAUUGCCGAAUCUACGUGGGUAACCUCCCGCCCGAUAUCCGCACCAAAGAUGUGGAGGAGGUCUUCUACAAGUACGGGAACAUUCGUGACAUAGAUCUAAAAAAUCGCAGAGGAGGACCGCCAUUCGCUUUUAUUGAAUUCGAAGACCCGAGGGAUGCUGGGGAUGCCGUCUACGGCCGCGACGGAUACGACUAUGACGGCUACCGGCUGCGUGUCGAGUUCCCCCGCAGCGGCAGGGGCGGAAGAGGGGGCAGCUUUGGCGGUGGCGGGGCCGGCGGGGCCGGAGGUGCGGCCCCCAGGGGCCGAUACGGGCCCCCAUCCAGGCGCUCCGAGUACAGGGUGGUUGUGUCCGGGCUCCCUCAGACCGGCAGCUGGCAGGACCUGAAGGACCACAUGCGCGAGGCGGGCGACGUGUGCUACGCCGACGUGUACCGAGACGGCACCGGCGUUGUAGAGUUUGUGCGCAAGGAAGACAUGACCUAUGCCGUCCGAAAGCUGGACAACUCCAAAUUCCGCUCGCACGAGGGAGAGACAGCGUACGUUCGCGUGAAAUUAGACGGUCCCCGCAGCCCGAGUUACGGACGGUCCCGCUCUCGCAGCCGCGGCAGCCGCAGCAGGAGCCGCAGUCGCACGCCAAGCCGAAGCCGGAGCCGCAGCGACUCCCGAGGACGCGGACGGGCGUCGCCACGCUACUCGCCGCGACACAGCUGCUCUCGAUCCCGAUCCCGCUCUUAGAAAAGCUGGUGGCGUUCCUCCCUCUUUCGCCAUCCUCCCUCUUGCCCUGUGAUGUAACUAGGGUUGCAAACGGGUGGCGAAUGGAUGUAUUUUCUCGAAGGUUUGCGGUGAAUCUUCUAAAGGCUUCUGUCUCUGAUUCUGUUUACCUGAGACAUGCAGCGGUUUCUUGUCAAUCAAGUUAGAAGUUCUUCGUCAUUGGCAAGAAAUCAGGUUGUUUGAACAAAAAUGCAGUUCCGCCUCACAACACAACUUCCAAGUUCCUCAUCGGGCGCUAACGCUCAACUUCGUAAAUUUCUGCUUUAUUCCCGUUGAUCAAAUUCCUGCUACUUCUUGUGGAACGUUUCCAACCCCUAAUUUUGCAACCCUAGAUGCAAACCCAACACUUUUAACCGUUUUUUAGGCCUAGUAGACGAGUAUGGUAUGUAUGUAGUUGUGCCCCCCCCCCCCAUCCCUCCUAUUUCCUUUCCCCCUCUUCGCUCCCCUCUCCCAAAAUGUGCAAAAAUGUUGAGCCACACAACGUUUUUUGCAAUUUAUUGGGGGAAAAGGGAAAAAUGGCGACUUGACAUUGGAUAUUUGGACAGAAAGACUGACGCUUUAACUAUAUUCUACCUUGUGUCUUCCUUUAGACUUCUGAAGAGAAGGAUUAAAGUGAUUUGGAAUAAAAAACCCACUGUGGUGGAGCACAUUUCAUUUGUAUGGUCAGGAUAGGACAUCAAAUGGAGGCCAUGGUAUGCUUCACAUUCCGUCAAUCCAUGUCAUUGUUUUAUUCUUGUUGUCGUGCAUGUCAUAGAAAUGAAAAGAAAGCAAACGCCGCUUUGGCUUGUGACACAGACAAAACGUGUUGUGAUCUAAGUGUAACAUCUUUGCUGUCAUAUGUAAAAGAAACAAUCUGAAUUGAUGCAACGUGUUAGGGAAUUUUUUUAAUUUUUUUAUUUGAUCUUUCUCGCAUUUUUUUUGCCCCCGGUUUUUGUACGUUCUGUUCUAACGGUCUGCCUCUGAUUUUCUUCCUGGUAUUUCAAGGUUUUGAUUGGAGAGGAGUGGCUCAGUGGAUCGCAAUCCUUUGGAGCUGGAUCCAUUUUUAGGAAAGGGAUUAUAGGCAAGGAUGGAUGCUCGGGAACGGGAUCAGUUUUCCAGGAUUUCCCAACAAAAUUUUCAGAACUUUUUCUUUUAUUUUUCUUUCUUUUUUUAAUAGCCUGCCACCUGCCUAUCUUUUUGUAGAGUUUUUCAGUGAUAUUGGCGAGAAAAUUGACGAGAGAAAAACAGGACCAGGAAGUUGGAUCAAAGGAUGGAAUCGUAGAUGCCUGGUAUGCGGGGAAAAUUUGGGGAGGGUUUCAUACGGGGUACUCGUUUGAAUGUUGAUUUCUUUGCUUAAUCCUUUUUUCUUCUAGUAUUUUCAAUAAAAACACCUGAAGGCCAUAAA